ACGCUUCCGGAUGUGCAGCGGAGUUGAAGUGAGUCGGGUCUGAGUGGUUUCUGCUGAGUCUGUACCACUGCGGGAUCACCACGUCUUAACACCAGUGAGAGUGUGUCUGUGUCUCAAUAGUAUGAAUGGCCAGCUGGACCUGAGUGGGAAGCUGAUCAUUAAGGCUCAGCUGGGUGAUGACAUCCGCCGCAUCCCCAUCCACAAUGAGGACAUUACCUACGAUGAACUCCUGCUCAUGAUGCAGCGCGUCUUCCGCGGCCAACUCCAGAGCAGUGAUGAAGUCACCAUCAAAUACAAGGACGAAGAUGAUGACCUUAUCACUAUCUUUGACAGCUCUGACCUAUCCUUUGCUAUCCAGUGCAGCAGAAUAUUGAAACUCACUCUGUUUGUGAAUGGGCAGCCGAGGCCACUGGAGUCAUCUCAGGUGAAGCACCUGCGCAAGGAGCUGAUCCAGCUGAGGAACAAAAUCAACAGUCUGCUCGACAGCCUGGAGCCACCUUCAGAGCCUGCUGUGGAGAGCAACAACCCACAAACGGAAUGUGUGGAGGCUGUAGAUGCAACAGUGAAGCAAGCCCCUCCAGUCAGUGCUGCCAGCAUGUCUGCCUUUGACCCCCUGAAGAACCAAGAAGAGGUUAGCAAGAAUGUCAUCUCAGCAUUUGGUCUGCCCGAUGAGCCUGCUCCAGCCCCUGCAGUAGCAGCUGCAGUAGAAGAGCGCUCUGCCACUCCAGACAGUAUUAACUCGUCCUCCUCAGCUGCUCACCCACCCGCUGCAGCCCCUCAGGGCCCACCACCUUACUCAGGGGUCCAGCAGCCUCCUGCCACUACAAUGGAUGGUCAGAUCUAUCAGCAGUAUCAGGCCCCAGGUGGAUAUCCCCCACAGCAGCCAGCCACUGCUCAGCAGCAAUAUGGCAUGCAGUACCCUGCAGGUUAUACUCCUCAGCCUGGUGCUCCUCAAGCCCCUCCUCCCCAGCAGCAAUUCCAAAAUUACCCCACCCCCACAUCUCAGGCUGCUGCACCAGGCUCUGCCCCUGGAUUCAAUGCCCAGUCACAGGCCCCUCCUCCUCAGGGACCAGGCCAGUACCCACCUGGAGCGUUUCCGCCUCAAAACUACACCUCCCAGGCCUCCCAGCAGCCAGCCAACUACAGCCUGCCACCCACCUCCCAGCCUGCCCCGGGGUACCAGCCCCGCCCUGGAUACACCCCACCACCCGGCGCUACCCCUCCCCCUGGGGGCUCAAACCCUUAUGCCCGAAACCGUCCCCCAUAUGGUCAGGGCUACACCCAACCAGGCCCAGGCUACCGGUAAAACCCAGCUAAUGUACAAAUCCAGCUAGAGCUCUGAUCUGCUCCAGCAUUCGAGUACAACACAUCAAGCCCGAACACCCUGUUUUUGACAUUGGUGUGUGUGUGUGUGUGUGUGAGUGUGUGAGUGAGUGAGGGAGAGAGAGACAGACUGAUUAAAAGUGAGGGUGUACAAGCAAAUGCAAAAAUAAAAUGCUGAGAAAUGGAAUUGUGUGGUUGCACAGAUGAGACCAAACAGUGUAGGAGUUGACGUUGGUAUGUUACUGGAGUUAUGAAAGCGGUUAUGGGUGUAAGUUUGUGUGAGUGUGUUAUUUUAUCACUUGUCUCCUCGUUGGUGUUAUUGUGUGUUAAAUCAUAAGCCUGUUUUCUGUUGAAACACUAGAUAUAAUCACAUCUGAAGAAAUGACAUUGUUUAGUUCCCCUCCCAUUCUCUGCAUCUUCUCAUCUCCCUCCCACCCUACCCCCAGCUUUUUACUAAUCCCUAACUCACCCUCUACAGUGACGCAAGUCAUUUCUGUAUAAAAUGUAACAUUUGUUUUCUGCAGGUGAAUAAAGACUUUGAGACUGAA